AUGAGCAUAGGGGGCCUCUGCAACCACAAUAGUUGCAGCGCAACAAGCCUAGACCGGCCUUCAGACGAUGGCCACAUCGUUGUCUGUGUACGUGUUCGCAAUGUUCCCUCCAACUUAGAUGUCCCACAGUAUGAGAUGCAGAAAAGCAUGAGGCCGUUGAGCCAUUCUCGACAAAUUUGUGUUUCUGUGGUCGAAAACAUUGUCGUGAUGCAUGAUCCCAAAAACAUCGAUGACGCAUACGCCGUGGAACGUGAUUCCACUCACGUAAUGAACUUGCUCACCGAUCACGGUAAAAGUUCAUUGAAGGGUGGCGCCGCGUCGUACAGCAGCAAGAAAACGAACUACUCCCUACACUCCCGCAGUCCGCUUAUGUCGCGUUCGGUAAAUAGCCUGUGCAGCUCGACUUUCACUGGCACCACCAACUGUUAUGUGUGUGAUCAGUGUGUAGUGAGCAUGGAUGCGCCGUCGAUUCUAAUGAUGCCACUGCUCCGAUCGACCAAUUUUUUUCGCUCCCCUGCGUUCGGCACGCAGGCAGCCGUCUACCACGCCACCGCGGUGCACGCCGUGAAGGCGGCGCUGGGGGGGAUCAACUCCUGCGUCUUUACCUACGGGCAAACUGGCAGCGGGAAGACCUACACGCUCUUUGGGGAUCACACCAGCGCACAUCACGAUCCCGGCCUAGCGACGCGCACGCUGGAGGACAUCUUUCUCACUCUCGACGAUCUCAGCUCUGCCUACGCGAAGGGACCGGUGACGCAGGACUUCAAGUACACGGUUUUACUCUCUUUUAUGGAGAUCUACCGUAAUGAAGUGUUCUGCCUUCUCUCUGGGAAGGGCCCACUGCGUGUGCGUCUUGCGCGUGAUGCAGACGGUGCGGGUGAAGGGGCUGUUAUCGAUGGAUUGCUGCAGGCCGAGGUGUGCACGGCGGAAGCGGCGCACCGACUCCUCAAAGCGGGAUUGCGGCGGCGGCGCGUCGGUAGGACGAAUAUGAACGCAUCCAGUAGUCGAAGCCAUGCGAUUUUGCAAAUUCGUGUGGCGCAGUGGCGCACAAAUCAUCAUACACAGGAAUCAAUCGAGCAUUCUGCCAAGAUCAGUCUUGUAGAUUUGGCGGGGAGUGAGCGUCAGCGGACAGCUGGUACGCAACAAGGGAAGCCCGCCGAUGGAAUUCAUAUUAACCAGUCUUUGACAGCACUCUCGCGUGUGAUUAAUGAUGUUGCGUGUGGAGCCAAGUUUAUCAACUACCGAGAUUCAUUGCUCACCAUGAUACUCAAGGAUAGCCUCGGCGGGAACAGCAAGACUUUUAUGAUUGCCAACAUCUCACCCAUCGCGCUCAACUACGAGGAGUCGUGUGCGACGUUGACGUAUUCAAGCGCGGUGCGUCGCAUUUGCAACCGAUUUACAGCGAAUUGUAUUAUCCAUAAGUAUUUGAAUCCAUUAAUGUCGAACCUGCAUUCAGCGGAGGAAGGGUCCCAAGGGUUGGUGGAAAGGAUGGAGGACUGGGUAAGACAUCUAAAGGGUGUUUCAAAUAGUCGUCACGGCUACGUCCGUACCUUGAGUGGAUUCCCGACGAAAAAGCAAACGUCUGUCCCGACGAAGAACUCCUGUCCGUUGAAGCUAUCAUGUCGAAGAGAGCACGAGAUUUGUGAGGCUAUCAUCAACACUAUCCCUUCGGGGCCACUGCGGGCGCCACUGAUUUUUGUGUCGCAUCGCAAGCGCCUGAAGACCGCAGAGGAUGCAGACCCCAAUAUUUCGGACAUAAGUGAUCUCGUGCGGAUAGUAGCACUUGAGAAUGAUUUAUUGGAGCUGAACCUGGCGCAGCUGAUUCAGUCUGACAGCCUAAUUGCGCUUUCUAAGCCAGCGAAUGACGUGGCCGUGAUCGAACCUGUCAUGGCUAACGUAGCUGAACAGCAAUUUAUGAUCCAGAAGGAAGUUGCCCGCGCGAUGGAGGCACGGAUUACGCCACUAUUGGAAAAAACGCUCUUUGAAAGCUACAGCUCCGAAUCCUCGCACAGUUAUGCAAGUGCCAAGGACAAAGAUGAAAUACGUACUGCUAUUGGGAGUAUUUCCAGUCCAAACACAGGAUGCUCUGCUUCACAUAACCCAUUGCCGACUAACUUUGGUUGCUUGAACUUCGAGCGGGAUUCUCCGGAUGACGGCCAGAGGCUUUUCUACGUGUACUUUAUUCCAUUCAAAGGAAUGGAGUGUUCUCAGCGCGCUGUAGAUGUGCAGGUUAAUGGAAACCGCCUGGGAGAGAACCGCCACGCGCUUAGGCACGGUGAUGUCGUCUGUAUUACCUUUCAGGAUGGAAAUUUUCGUGAGAACAUGCGGGACCAUUUGGUCUUUCAUUAUAUAGAUUUAAACUACUACAAUGAAAAUAUCCUGCCCGAUUCUGAUGCCUGGUCUGGGUGCUUGGACCCCGACACUGAGCCCCUUACUGUUAGUUCCAGGUGUGUAGUUGAGGAAAUUGGGCAGGUGCAGCACAAUGUUGCUAGGGCGAUUGAGCCGGCUUCUAGCCAUGCCGAUGACAAUGCCUUCAAGCGUCCAUUUGAAGAAAAGCCUUUACACAAGGUCGCUUGGGUUUCACAUGCUCUCCCAAACUCUCCAAGCCCUCAAUUACCGAGCAGUAGCCCGGAUCGAGAACAUUCCCCAUUGCUGAGGGAUUCAUCUCAGGGUCUCAUGUAUUGUGUUUCUUCCCCAUCUUUGCGGAGCCCCACCAGGAUAGUGGGUGGCACGGAGCACAACAUAGGGUCCGCACCCGCUCCACCGAGGGAUCUAUCAUGGGACCGGCUAGACCCUGCCGUAAAAGAGAAUAAGUCCCUAUCUUCCCAUGCGGCCCACCAUAACACCCUAUUCAAUCCGAUCGUGGAGCGGGGCUUAGAUGCACUCCAAGGUAUUUGGAUUCCCGAACAACGUCGUUCGGGUAUUAGCGGUGAUAACGCCAGCUGGAGUGGUGAUCAGCGGGCCACUAACAUGAUGAUCUCAGAUGACCUCAAAGAUACAUCAUUUCCAGAGGUUUCACAGAUCGAGCGCAGCAUAACACGUGUGUCACCGUCUUCAGAUGAAGGUGAAGAGCUGAUGGUUAGCUCGGCGAGACCUACCGUCUACCAGAACGCUAUGUUUGCCGAAGCUGCGGUGACAUGCGACGAUGGCGUGCCGUCGUCGACGAUCCCGAUUGUUGCACCCUCGGUUGAUCCUCCUCAGGGUAAGGGAUUGACCAUCACUCCAAGGUUGUCUGAAAACAUUCUCGAGAAGUAUUCUAAAGUUGUGUGGGAAGCAUCUCCUAGGAAUCACAUAUCUGGGCUCCAGACUACUAUUCUCAAUCUAGAGGCUGAAAACCGGAAACUUCAGGAAGAAAAUCGGCAGUGCAAAGAGAGUCUGAAGAAGUUUAAGAAUUCCAUCGACAGCUUGCAGGGAGCAAAGAUGGGUGCUAUCGUAGACCCAGAGCAGUCGCCCGUUGCAGGCCAACGCCUCGAACAGCUUGUGAUUGAGCAGGAUCGCACCAUUGAAGAGCUGCGUAGGAAGGCUACACACCUGGAGCAGCUGGCUUCGUCCAAGGAGGGGGAGAUACGGGCUGUUCUGCGGUAUGUGGAGGAUGGCGGGUUGAUGAGCAUCGAUGGUGACUCGCACUUUAUUGAACUGCAUCACCGCAUCGAAGAGCUUAUCUCAGAAGGCAUAUCGAAGCAAGUCAACACCCCAGCUACUGCCGGCUCAGUCUUUCUGAACGACUUCAACUCUAAUGAACUGACUGCGUUGAUUUGCGUUUCUCUGCGCAUUUUAUUCAAUCGACUAAAGAAUGAGAUUUUUGCUAUUAAUAAGCAAAGCUUGGAAAGAAUGAGCUUCAUACUGGAUUCUGUGUCACAGUGCCAGGAGGUGCAGCUUUCUCGCUUUACCCUCGAGCUACGUGAGAUUGUUUCGGAUUUAGUGGGCCGACCUCAGCGUUCUGGCGCGAGGUGGUCCCUCACGGCAGAGGACGUGAGCUCUGGGUUUGUCAAACAUUACCGCGAUCGCGCCAUUGAUACUUUUUACAGCAUGCUUAUCUGGUACGACACUUGGGAUCUUUCCUCCAGGAUUGAGUAUGUGUGCGGUAUGGAGCUUAUACGUAACGCUGAUCGAAUCAUUCAGAUCGCGCGUCAGGUGCGGCAAGGUGGUCUUCACAGAUGUGAUAUGACAGUCGCCAUGCCGGGGUUACUUGAGACAGCAAAGCAGGACGUCAGCGCGGUCGCUUUGUGUCUUGUUGAGGGUGGCGGAGAGGGGGCCAAACCCUCCCAAAGGGUUGAAAAAGUUGUAUCAAAAGUGGCUGAAAACGGCCCGUGCAUGCAGAUGCCAAAGGAUACGCACGGAUCGGCCUUGGAUCAGCUUGGUAAGGUGCAGAUGUGCCAUAACAGGAAGGCCGAUGCCGCCAAGGCGAUGAUUUCGUCGCGGCGAUCAAGUCAUUUGGGCAAUUCCACUUCCUUGCAAUCGUCAUCGCGUCAGGCAAGUCGUUCAAAAGGGUUGGUAUCCACGGGUGUGGGACUUGCACCGAAAAAUAAGCAACGUCUGGUCACUGAAAAGAAGAUCCGAGCACCCAGGAAAGGUGCAACCACCUGUAGCAGUGAAAAUGAAACGCAGGCUUUACCCGUUCGUAGACAUAAAUUCCCUUUACAGGCUAGUGAGGAGAUCCAUAAGGGAGUACGUGUUAACAGAGGUGACCUUUUGAUGCGCACCCGCUCUCUAACAUCAUUAUCAUCAGCCGCCUCCUUUACACGUUACAAUACAACUAUACCGUCAUUGGGUCGUGCUCCUGGAAUUACAGGUAACGGGCUUCAUCGCGAAUCAGCGUAUCAUACUUGA